UGAGCUGACGUUUAUCCCAGGUCACACAGCAUAAGCUGUCGUCUGCUCUUUAAUGUGUAGGGAGCCUAGUGGGGGGGGACUUAGCUUGUGUGAUUGUGACAUGCAGUUUAAUCUUCAACUGGCCAUUGUUUAUUCCUGAAAGCAUCUUGGUACCUUUGCUCCCUGUCUAUACUGACUUUUGAGCAUUUCAGGGAUCAAAGAUGUUGGGUCCGUCACAAGUCAGAAGAAGGUGGAGGCUGGCAGGGAAGCCGCAAGGGAUUUGACAAGAACAGGUCAGUCAGCUCAAGUGUUGUAAACCGCGUAGACGGUAGCACAUCAGAUGCAGAUAAGUUGGGCCAGUAGUGGCAGGCAACUGAAUGUGAUUACAGUUUUACUCCAUCAGGCUGGAUAAAAAAGAAUACAGAUAAGUACGCAACAUAAAUUCCUGAUAAAGUCAAUGAAACUGGGCAGAGCAUUAAGACAUGAAGUGUGAGAAAUAAAUACCAAGAAAUUGUUUGUUUGUUUUUUUAGAAAUCAUCAACAGAUAUUGUGCCUAGUUAGUAUAUAUAAAUUAAAAGUUCUGAGCAAAAGGGAAUCAGCAAGAGUUGUGAAGUCAGAGCAAAAUAGAAACAACAGAAACCCACUUAGAGAGGAUUUGAGAUAAUUACGUAACAGAGAAGUCUGUGUUUUUGUUCUUUUGGACUCCUAAUCUGAAGAUGAUUCUUAAAACACAUCCAUGAGUGUAUUUAGUAAAGUUUGUUGACAAAAGAUGGACACAUGGCAUUGCUUAGCUAGUUGUGUUUGCAGUCUCUGCUCUCUUUACACAACGAGAAGAAGCUCCUGAGGAAUGGCCCUGGCGGAGGCGACUCUUUCAAGUCUGCUGGUCCUGCUUAGUCUGCACACAGUUGCAGGUAUGUCUGGCUGGUCUGAAUGCUUAGAUGGCCAGGAUGUGUUGGCAAAAAUCAAAGAAAACAGCCUCACGGGAGACACUGUCGCCGAGUUUGUGGCAAACACAGACCUGAAAGGGGUUCGGUGGAGUCUGUCUGGGAGGGAUGCUGACUGGUUCUACUUAGACGGAAGAAACAUCCGGCUGAACACGUCAGCUGAAAAAGUCCUUGACCAAGAGACUCUUGGUCCAGUCUUAUUGGCGGAGCUAUCAUGUUAUGAGGAAGACAUGUUUCAGACCGUUUACAGAGUCAUGGUGGAGAUUCUUAAUGAGAAUGACAAUUUACCCAUGUUUUCAGAAAAAAGUGUACAGUCACUUAGGUUGAACGAGCUCACUCCAGUAAAUGCUGUGGCUUUUACUGUCCAAGCCUUCGACGCUGAUGAUGAUAAGAUACUUUACUCAAUUGACCAAACAAGCCCUGACGCCGAGUACUUCAAGAUUGAUCGGCCAAACAGUGGUGAGGUGAUCCUUUCCAAACCGCUGGAUUACGAGACUAAAACUCAGCUCACUGUCACCAUCUACGCUUCUGAAAUGAACACUGCUGAGCACUACAACACCAGCACCAACGUCACCAUCAUGGUUCAGGAUGGAGAUGACCAGUACCCACGGUUUGUGCCCUGUGUGUUGCUGUUCCAGGAUGAGACCAGUCGAAUCUGCACCAGCCCCACGUACAUGGUCAAUGUCACAGAGGGAGAAGAGGAUAUUGUGCUGGAAUUUUCUCCGGGUCCCAUUCAUGCGGUGGAUGGAGAUAGAGGCAUCAAUUCCUCCAUCAGCUAUGCUAUUCUCUCAGAAGAUGAAGGUGGGCAUUUCAGUAUCAACAGAGAGACCGGUGAGUUGAGACUGAUGAAGGGUUUAAAGGACAGACUCCUAACUCCUGUUGUGCAUCUUCAAGUCAUGGCGUACCAGGACGACGAUCCCAGGAAGUACUCUGUUGCAACAGUGCUGGUCAGGCUUCUGGCAGUGAACCAGUUUCAUCCAGAGUUUGAGCUGCCCGAAUACUGCGGCUUCGUCACAGCUGGAAAGAGUGCAGCCUCUCUGGUCAACACAUACGGAAGCAGAGCUCUGAUUUUAAAUGUCCUGGACCAAGACUUUGAUAAUGGUUUCAAUCCAAUGAUCUACUUUGGCCUUGGCGCUACAUCCAACCACACUGAUAUUUACCAAGUCACACAGAGCGGACUCCUGAUCGCAAAGACCAGUCAUCUCAAGCCGAAGCAGAAGCACGUUCUGGAGGUUAUGGCUGUUGACCAGGAAUCCGGUGACUCUACUUAUUCUACUGUAGUAGUGGAAGUGUUACCUGAAGGACAACUGAUCCCUCACAGUCCUCUGGUAAAUGAACGCCUGACAGGCUGCACUGUGGGCAAAGCACUUUUCCUGAGUAUGGCCUUCAUGGGUGCAAUCGGAUGUAUCCUGUCUGUGUUGAUGUGGUUGAAGAGGAAACGCAAAGGAAUGAGAGACCCGCUGGAGAGAGGCUGUGUAGCCCAGGGCAAGCACCCCAAUGUGAGUUUACGCUGGUUCCAGUUGGUGAAUCAUCGUACUGGUAUGCCACAUAUGGAGGAGGUAUCCUUCCAAAAUGAGGAAUGUGGUACCUGCAAUCUUUCCUUUAGCUUCCCAGACAAACCAGACAGUGAUACCACAAAGGACAUUCCUAUCUGCACAGGGCCCACUUCACCAACAGCAACUGGUGUUACUGAGGCCCCUGCCCCACUUCCCACUGAAAGCUUGCAAAGUCCUGUGAUCCUAAAUAACAACGCUUCUACGGCAACCAAAAUUUCCUGUGGCUCACCCGACUGUCCCCCUCCCAAGGAGGAUAUGAGCCCAACACAUGUGAUAGAUGCUGGCAGGCCGCCAAAGGCAAACGCUGACCUACCAUGUGACGUGACCUCAGGGCCUUCAGAAGAACAGUCUAACACUGAUUUAGACCCAGCAACAAAGGAAGACACCAACCCUUCUCCUUUAAAUGAGCAGGAUGUGGAAACAAGCGCCUCAAACAACCUUGCUGAGUCAGCACCCUGCCCCUCCUCCCCAUCCAGCAAUGAAACGACUUCAGCAAAAAUGGACGACACACUUCCAAAAACUAAUGAGCAGACCCUCUCGCAUUCGCCGCCACUGUCACCACCACUCCCCAAGGAGACAGGUACGCCUCCUCCCACCCCGGAGCAUGGCCCUUUAAAAGCCACUUUGGUGCACAUAGACACAUCCCCAACUGACACCCCUCCAGAUUCACCAGAGGGAGCAGGACAGACUCUGAAUGCUGAGGCAGACCAACCCUCCACCUCCCUGGACCACAUAUAUCCAACAGAAGACGUCGAAAGCCCGUCUCCGGACCGGAGGCCCUCGACAAACUCAGGAAAUACCUUCAACAGUCGUGGAGAGGAGGAUGAGGAUGAGGACGGUUUUCUAGGUGAUGAUGAUGUGGACAAAAACAGCGAAGAUGCCGAGAGUGACCGAACAGAGUUCAGAAGAUGGAGCAGGUGAAAUGAAUAUGGACGGCUAAGAGCUGAGCUGAGCAUCAAGAAACACCGGACAGGUUCUGCUGAGGAAUGGAUUACAGCACAGUCAGUGCAAGAAAAAAAACACCCAGCAACAUACAAUCAAGUGGAGAAAAUGCACAAUGCUUACUCUACAUAUUUCAGCUUGUUUAGAUAACAACUAAUGAAAACCUAAUGCAGUUGACAGGUGUUUAAAGAAUUUUUAUUUGUCUUUGUGGCCGAUUUUUUUUAAAGCUUCACCAAAUAUCCAUACUUGCCAGUCAAUGACUACUGACCCGUUUCCAUGCUGGUUGAUUUCCAAACUUUGCGUUUAUGAAGUCAGGAAAAUCUCUACAUUUAAAGCCACAUGGGAAAGUAAAGCCAAAUUUAUUCUGCGUUGUUCAGAGCUCUAAACUAAGCAUACAUGUAAAUGUAAUAUUUGUUUUUCAACUUUAUUAUUUACCUCAAGGUUUGUUUUAUAUUAAUGUAAUCAUAAGAUUUCUUUUCUGAGCAAAAAAUAUGUUAAAAUUAAAUAUAUAAUAUUUUAUAUGUUUCAUUUUAUUAUUUGCAUAAAUUAGAACAAUUUGUCCUCUUUAAUAUAAUCUGCAAACUAUGGUUACCAUUUCAUCGCGGCUGUAAAAUAAUUUGUAUGAAACAUUAAAUUUCAGGGCAAUAAUAAAGGCUUUCAGUCUAAGGAAGUGUUUACUUUACAGCGACGAAAGGAAGGUUGUGACAUUUGUAGGUUUUAAUCAACACAUCAAUGGUUGCACUUUAACCUGCUUAAAGAUAUGUAUAAUUACACAUGAAUAGUAGUUAACAACCACAGAUGUGUAUCUUGAGUGUGCUUGGAUGGAUGGAUCCAACCCAUUACCUAAAGCUGAAAAGUUCCCACUAUAAGACAAAGCUGUGCGAGCUUUAGAGCUGCAACAGGAAGAAAAUUAUCUGAACUUGUGACUCUUUAAACUUAGGAAAGUUCACUAAUUGUUUUGUCAUUCACACAAAUUAAAUGAAAAGUUUCUGCUCUUUGUCACUCAAAAAGCAAUACGACGACGAAUAGAAAAUUUAACUUAAGAUUGUUUGAGUUAAAUGCGGAUGAUCUGAAGCUGGACAUUGUUUCUGUGUUGUUAAACAUAAAAAAGCAUUUUCUUAACAGAAAUUCUGAAGUUACCUUUAGGUUUUUAGAUGACAGAAAUAUAGAAGUGUCCGAAAGUGGAAAACCCAAACGCAAAUACUAUACCUUAUGCAACCGAGUAAUUAAGCAGGAUAAAAGAAAUAAACAGAAGUCAACCAAUUUUAUGUUUUUUUAUUGAGACUUUGUUCUCAGUCAAAAAACUUUAACCUGAUUGUUAGAGUGCUCAGAUUGCAGGCCAUUGACUUAUUUUCAGUAAAUUCACAAGUCAAUUGCCUGUCGCUGCAGUGAGCAGUGUAAAAAAUAGAACAAAUUUUCAAACAUCACAGAAACGAUGCAAACAAAGAAGUUAUUACCAGUGGUUAUAGAUGUUGAUAGUGAUGAUAUAAGCAUAACAAAAGUGAGAAAGGAAAACUUUGAGGGAAGAGUACUUUUCCCUUAACUGUUCAAAGAUUUUUUUUUGUUUUACUUGGCACACAAGUGAGUUAGUAAUUCAGCUAAAUCAAAUAAAACUAACAUAAAAACGUUCAGCAAAAUCAGUCAUCAAAAAUACAAGUAACAUAUGUACACACACUCACAUGCGCAUACAACUGAAAUGGCUAUGAACAAAAAAAACAAAACAAAAAAACAAGGGAAGCAGCUUUUGAUGAUUUAACCAACAGUCUAUAUAAAGCCAGUUUCAGAUUGGAUCAGCCAGGAGUACAUCCUAUUUUCUUUUAGGUUCUGAGGUAAAACAACAAAGGUGAUCCGAUCCAGAACCAACUGUCCCUCAAAUUCAGCUUGAAUCCUUCAUCUAUUACAAAAGUAUAGAGUUUGUCAAUGUGAACCAGAAAGUAAAAAAUUACAAUCACUAAAAUGUUGUAUUGCACUAAGGCCAAUGGGUCGGUGCAGCAACUGGAAUUUCUUGUGUAGUUCUGGUUCUAAGCAGCCGCAUUACAGAUAACCACAUGUUUUCAAAUAAUGUGAAGCGAUGAAGGACAUCUGAACGGGAAAUUAGUAUAUCAGUUUAGGCCAAGCAAUAGGCCCAGUGCAUUCGAAAAAAUAAACUCCUCUGCAGACUGGAAACUUAAACUUUGGGUGGUUUGUAAAAAAAAAAAAAAAAAUGGAUAAACGGGUUGUAGAAAACUGCAAGUCCAGCA